GAAACCGUAAAAUGUAAAUGAGGAAGCAACUGCAUUUUAAUAGAACUUACGAAUCUAGUACUUAAUCAGCAUUGCGGGGUAAAAGCUGAUGUGAGAUCAGGAUGGGGUGGAUAAAGUUAGUUUUCUUGGUUUCGAUGCUCCAGAUAUUUAUUCUUGGAAUGGCUACCGGUCAGAAGAAUGUUAUCACCCUAAAUGAUGGAGGAUAUUCGAAUGUGCUCAUCGCAAUCGACAGAAAAGUGCCAGAGAAUCUGACCAUCAUCGAAAAUCUUAAAACUAUGUUUACAUCAGCAUCCCAGCGCCUCUACGAUGCCAGCAAGCAGCACGUCUACUGGAAACACAUCAAGAUCCUUGUUCCAAACACAUGGUCCAUCCAGAACCAGUACAGUGUUGCUACUACCGAAUCGUCAAGAUCUGCUAAUAUCAUCGUCCACGACUUCCCAGAUGACGAACCGUACGUCGACAACCCAGAAGGUUGCGGAAAGGGGGCUCUGAAUCUGAUGCACCUGACACCAAACUAUAUUCUGAAUGAGCAGUAUAGACACGCGAAGUUUGGAAAUACAAGUAACGUCCUCUUACGAAGCUGGGGGUACCUCCGCUGGGGAUUGUUCCCGGAGAACUAUGUGGGCAAAGGAGUCGAUACUCCUUUCUACAACACGUCCGGUAAUCAUGGUAAUAGCGUUCUCAAAGAAGAAACUGGGACCCGGUGCUCUCUCGAAGUCAAAGGAGAAAUACUGUUUCCAAAUAAAAAUAUUUGCAGUAAAAAUAGCAUGGGUUUUUAUCAUGGAGAUUGUCUAUUUUUCCCUGAUGGUAAAGACCAGUCAGCGGCAGCAUCCCUUUUGUUUGCAACCAGAGAUGUCCAUAUAAAUUCGGUAGUAGGAUUCUGCGAGGAGGAGGAUAAUCACGUGGAAAAAGGGAACUGGCACAACACCGAGGCUCCAAACCUAAUGAAUCACAUGUGUGGUGGCGAUAGUGCAUGGAAGGUCAUGAAAGAGGAAACACAAGAUUUCCUGGACGACAUCCCAACAGUUUUGAACACCACACCUGAGUUUGAAAUCGUACAAGUUUCUAUGGUCAGAAGUGUCGUCCUUGUGCUUGACAUCAGUGGUAGUAUGAUAGGGGAUCGAUUUAACCGAAUGAUCCAGGCUUGUACUGAUUACAUCUUAUAUGUAAUUCCGGUAGACAGCAAGCUCGGAAUUGUAGUUUUCGAAAGUUCUUCUGAAAUAAAAGAGAAUCUCCUUGAUAUUACUGAUGGGGCUUCACGUCAAAGACUAGUUGAUCACUUACCAAGUUACGCAGGUGGCGGAACGUGCAUCGGAUGCGGUAUCUUAAAAGGCAUUGAGGUACUUGGCUCAUUUUCAAAAGGUGGAUACAUGUUACUUUUAAGUGAUGGUGAGGAUAAUUCUCUAUCCAUCACAGACGCAAUCGAUGAAAUUGAGAACGCGGGUGUCAUCAUUGAUACGGUAACCAUAAGUAACUCGGCUGAUCAGCAAAUGGAGGACUUGUCCAGGAAAACCUCUGGCAGGUCAAGUUUCUGUCUUGAUACCGGGACCGGAAACUGUUUAAUCCAACAGUUCCAGGAUACAGUAUCGACCAGACCGGAUGUGGGCGUCGGAAAACAUAUCAUCCAGAUUUACAAUUCCGAGGUCAAGAUAGAGCCCGAUCCUGGCUUUCUUGUGAUUUAUCCGGUAGUCAUCGACGACGCUCUGGGAGAUGAAACAGUCAUCACAGUGGCAUGGACAGAGGAUAAUUUAAUACAAGUCUUGCUCUUUGGGCCAGACAACACCUAUGUUGACCAUACCGAUCCUCGCUAUCACAAUGAUACACUUACAAAAAUUGUGUCGAUCAAUUUACCCAAGGCGCAGGCUGGGCAAUGGUAUAUCAAUAUCAGCGGAGUAGAUAUUGUGGAUCAUGUUAGUGUCUCAGUUACAUCUAAACCUUCUAGUGAUGACUUUUCGCCAGUCACGAUGAAUGUUCUGUUAGAAUCGCCUGAGGUGAAAUUUCUUGAGGAACCAGUCGUAAAUAUAUAUGUUCAGGUUCAACAGAAUUAUCUACCUGUACUCAAUGCCGAGGUCACCGCUUUCAUUUCGGAUAGCGAUCAAACACACUCUGAGGAAUUAUUGGACGACGGGAAAGAUCCGGACAUACUCAAAGACGAUGGGACCUAUUCAACAUCAUUUCAAGAAAUCACAACUGACGGCAGAUAUAGCGUGAAAGUCGAUGCAAUAGGAUUCGAAGAAUUCAAUCAUUCAGUUGAAACCAACGGAACGAUAAAAGUAAAAAGAUCAGCUGAAUCUGACACCAUCGAUACCGCAGCAGUGCCAUCAUUCAUGCGCACAGUAUCAGGAGGGGUCUUCAAAGUUAUAGGCUACACGCCGAACGCUCCGGACAUCCUGCCACCGUCCCGCAUCCAGGACCUGGUGUAUACCUCAUUCUCCUAUCAUAACGGCUCCGUGACACUCAGCUGGACUGCUGUAGGAGAUAACCUUGACCAAGGAACGGCACACAGUUACGAACUCCGCUAUUCAACGAACUUCUUGUCCGUUCGAACGAAUUUCAGCAAUUGCGAUGAGAUCACGCAAGAUGAACUGGUCCACGGGAACAUCUCCAACAUCAACCCGCCAGGGGUUACCGAAACCAUCACUGUUACUCUUCCCGAGAGUGGGCAGGAUCGUCUGUACUAUUUCGCAAUAAGGGCUUGGGACGAGGCCGGGAAUGUAGGGGAUUUGUCCAACAUCUUAUCCUUGUUCUUCAUCCGUCUUUUACCGGUGUCCACAGAGACAACCACAGAAGGUACUCUAUCCACUGAACAAACCACCAAUCAAACUGAACCAGGUGAUCUGUCAACUGAAACAAUUUCGUCGGAGGAGUUGACCACCCGUCAAACUACGCCAGAUCAAGAGAGGAACCCAGGAGAACCCAACAAAGCGGCCAUGAUUAUCGGCUUGUCAUGUGCAGGAGGUGUGAUCGUACUUGUUCUGGGUGUCAUCCUAUGCAUCUACUACCGGAAGACGCAUAUGGCGGAUAUGAAACCCCAAUCUACGGAUUCAGUACAGGACAACUUCCAAGGGGUCCAGGUGGUACGAUACACCGCAACCUACGACAAUCCUACUUACUCUACAAAUUGAUUUACGCUCCAACUUACCUGAAUGAAUAGACUGAAUUAACUGAUGCAAGAACAUGUGGAAUUAACAAAUAUAAUGAAUUGAUUACUCCAAAUAUGAUUGUUACAAGCCGAUCCAAAAUAAUUUCAUUCCAGUCAAUAACUAAAUCCCUUAUUGAUUUAGAUCAUUCACUCACGAUUCUCUAUAGGCCUACCCCAUCACGACAACAGCAUGCCUUUAAGAGUAGGCCUAUGUUAAAAGGUGUUCCUUUUGUCGAUUGGAUAAAUUCAGUGUUUUUGAGCAUUAUUAAUAUUAUGGAAAACCCAAACCAAAGUGCUGAUCUGACCUCAAAUAACGGAAACAUAAAAGUAAUUGAAGUAACAAUAAGAUGUACUGUGAAACUUCACAUCAGUUUACAUGCGCAUAUGUCUACACCCAUGACGUCAUAAAAAAUUGGUGGAUUUCUUUUACGGAUAAAACAAUGCUAACAUAAAAUUAAUGAUUAUUGUUUAAAUUAAUGGUUUCACAAUAUGGUGCGCCAUCUAUCGGUUGCAGCGAACAGGCCAAAUUUCUAACUUCUAACACUUUACCCCAGACUGUGUCCUGCACAAUACACCGGACAGCUUCCCUACUGGUCUUGCCAACCAACCACGCAUGACUUCGUGCUUACCAGCCCAACUACAGUACUCUGUUUUACCUCUCAAACUUUACUUAUUGCGUAAGACGACUCUUCGACCUCACAAAGGGGGUCUGGUGACUCGUUCAUGGACAAAGUACGCCACCUAAUUUGUCAGACUACAACACGUACUUGUCUUUGAAACCAUAUGAACUGAGCCAUAUUACUUAUCUAUCUACAUCAACCGAAUCAGGUGACUUGAACCAAAUUCUCGUUGGUCCUAACAAUAUAAUGUUAUGUAUUAUGCUCUGUACUUUAUUGAUAUUUCAUGUACGCUUCCAUUAAUGAACUUCAAUAAAUAUGGACGGAAAAUUUAUCAAUAUAUUUAUUUUGGAACGGCAUAACGGCCUGUUUCCAUUAAUGGACACUUUUUCUUAGAUCAAUAUUGGAACCUUUUAUUGAUCACAUCACUUUUACAUGCAAGGCCAAACGAACAAAACGUUCAUUUUGAAAUCUUACUUUCCUGGUACAUGCAUAAGAUUUGCUAAUUGAGCUUAUAACUGUGACAAUUGCGCAUACAGUAAUGUUACAAAUGAUCAUUGAGACAAUAAUAUCCGAAUUAUCAAACGAAAAUUUGUAUUUUGUUGUUGCUUUUUUAUUUAGCAAUAUGGGGUUGAUAGAACCAUAAUACAUCGGUUGAAUGAUUUUAUUUGAUAUGGCACCUUAACAAAUCUUUUACGGGCAAAAAUAAGAAUUGCAUAUAAGUUGUCGCUGUCAUUAAUUGUAGGACUAUUGUUUCGGAAAGAGCCUUGCAUUACUCUUCAAGCUGGAUUAUACGAUAUGAAAAGAGGUUCCUAGGAAUUUUUCAGACUUUAUUAAUCAAUUAAUCAAUGUGCGCAAUCCCUUCACUUUCACUUCAAAUUCUCGAAAAUCAACUCGAUUCCUUUACACACUCUCUCAUAAUCAUGAUUUUGUUCUUCGACAUUUUACUUUUCUCUUCCCGAAAAAAAUAAUCCUGGAAAGAUGUCUUAAUUGACAUGAUUGAUCACACCACAUAAAGACCUUAACGCAAAGGUCUUUAACGAGUUAAGGGUCGCUUUCAGUGUCACUUUUAAAAUUGAUUUGUGUCAAAUGAGAUCAGUUCAACUUCUUCUUAGAUUAUUAGGAGAAAUCAUGCUGUGCAUGAUCUUCAUUAUAAAAUACAUUGUAGGGACGAUGUCGGUGUUGGUGUUGGUUGGACUAAUUCUCUUCAUAGUGGUUUUAUCAAGUUUAGAUUUAGAUUUCGCUUGACGAGAUAUUGAAUUUUAUAUCAAUUUACAUGUAACUCUAUCUUUUGUUCCUUCAUGCUGGGCAUGAGUACAAAUCUUUUACUUAUCUUUACGUAUUCUUUCUUGACUCUGGUCUAGUCAAACGACAUCAUUAGUUUUUGCUUGAUGAUAAGUUAUUCCCCAUUUUUCCCAUGGGCUCUAAAUAAUCUUGGGCAACAUACUGUCCACACAACAAUUGGUUAAAACUUUCUCAAUUUCUGGGUAGUUUUAAACAAAUAAUGUGUGCUUUGGGUGAAAACUAUUGGUUAAAAACUACCUAGAGUUGGAUAAAUUUUUAAACCAAUUGUUGUGUGGACAGUAUGUUGCCCAACAUUUUAAGAGUGUAAAACUUGAUUUCAAAUAGUUCGUUCUAGCUAAAAACUUCCAUACUUUUCUUACUUGGUCAAACAUAAUAGGAUCGUGGAGUUUGUUUGCGCAUGGAUUCGAAAUAAGUAUUCAAUUUUGUCGUAAUCACGCUGUGCAUGAUUACCUUUGUACAUACGCCUGUAUAUAAACCUCUUUAGUGGUGAUUUUCUCAUCCAUAAUGAUCUGCUAUACCUGACUUGUGUAUCUAUUUCGCUUGAUGGGGAAUUUAACCUGUGGAAAUCUGAUACCUGUCUGUCGUGAAUCCAAAUAAAUUUAAUCGUUUUUCACACUUAAAUUCCCAGAUCUUAAUGGCUUUGCUUGACGUAUCAUUUUCUGCUAUAUAAAAUGCGGAAAAUUUGGUGUUACAAAAAAUGUUUAGUAUUUCACAUUUUCUCCAGCCAGCCGCAAAUAUUAUGGCAAAUGGAUUAGUCUAAGCCACGCAAGAUUCUUGUUUUGUUUUAUAUCAUCAUCUGAUCAUGUCUUCAUGGUAUUAUGUGAGUUUCCCGUGAUAUAUAUUUGGUUUCUUUUUUUUUAAUUACGUCAUUUCGUUGUUGAACGUGGAUAGGCCUAUAUUGCAGAUGGGUUUUAUUCAACUUGUUUGCCUGCUGUUUACUCAGUUUUGAAUACAUUUAUCCAUUUUAUACUUUGCAACGUUGAAUGGUAUGGUUGUUAACGUAGUAUUAAACAAAACACUUGUUUACUCAGAAAUUUAUCGCAUCAUAUACACAGUCAACUCAUCGACGAUUUUCAUCGUUUUCUUUUGAUUUUAUACUCAGAAAGGGUUUUGCAGUACUUCAAUUUUUGUAAUUAUGGUGAAAUCCUUACGCUUUUUAGGAUUGCAAAAUUUAUAAACGAUGCA